AUGCAAAAUAUUUUAUCUACAAACAAAAAGCACGCUUUCAGAGCUUUAAGAUUCUCAUAACUGGCUCAAACACCCAGCAGAUAAAUCUCCCAACUCAACUAAAAACACUAAAAUACAUCUCAUAAGCAAAGAUUUGAAAAAGAUUAAUCUAAGUCUUGGAUUUUCAAUAGCUUGGUAGGAUUAGGAUCAUUAUUUUUGGCUUAUUAAGCUACUUAAUAGCAUCAAGCAUUUGCAGAAGGAGAAAACUAAUAAGAAGAAUAGAAAGAAUUUUAAUCAGUUUAAGAUGUUCAAGCCAAUACUGAAGAAAAUUAAUAGGUAAAGCCUUAGGAUCAAGAAGUUUAACAGUAAAAGUAAGAGUCAAUAAUGAAAGAUCUAGUAGGAGAAAAUAUCAAAGAAGUCAUGACUAACAAAGAAAAUAAAUUUAUCUUUUUCUACAGAUCAUCAAAGCUUUCUCAAGAUGAUUUCUAGAAAGUUGAGGAACAUGCUACUAAAAUGUUCAAUGGUUUAAGAAUAUUGCCAUAUAAAAUUGAUCUCGAUUCUGAAUUUAAUGAAUUAUCUAAGUACCUUAAAGAACGCAACCCAGCCACUGAGGCUACAGUUGAUAAGUAAAUUGAAGAUAACAGUUUCCUCUUAGCUAAUCAGUAUGGAGAUAUCUGGUUCUGGGAAUAUGAUCUUAUAAAAUAUUUCUUUGGAGAACUCCUUGAACAAAUAUUCAACUUUUAUCAAGGGCCAUUAAAACUUAUGGCAGAGGAGUAGAUUAUUAUGAAUUCAAGUACUGGCAAUGAUUUCCAUAUAAUUGCCUACAUUGAUGAUUAUAAUAAUGUAGAGGGUAUGAAAAAAUUGAAGAACUACAGAAAGUUCCAUACCAAAAAUACAGACAAGUUCUUUCAUUUCAAAUUCUGGCUCACUGAGAAUAAAGAGCUAGCUUAGAAACUGAAAAUAGAUACUAAUCCUGAGGCAAUUGGAUAGAUUUACUUGGUGAGACAAAGUAAUCAUUUUAACAAUAGAUAAAAGAAUGUCAAGUUGUGUGAUUAUGACUAUCAUAGCCAAAAGAUUCUUUCAGCAGAAGAUGUAAACAGAGAUGUUCAAGGAGCUUAUGCUAAGAUACUUUAAAAUGCCUUCAAUUCACCAAUUGUAAUUCAUGAUUACAUGACCUUCGCCAAUCUAUCACAGAAAUACAAGUCUAGCUUGCUAGUGGUAUACUGCGAUGAAAAAGAAGAUCCCAAGAAGUACAAUGAGCUUUUGAGAUCUCUUAUUAAAGCAAGAAAAGCAAUGCCAAUCAAUCUGAAGCCAGAUGAAAACGGUGAGCUAUAAAAGAGCUAGAGACAUCAAGAUGUUAUCUUUGUGAUGAGUACUACAAAGAGUUUAAUGCCUAUUACUAAGAUCCAUUCAAGCUAACCUUAGGCCUUGUUCAUUACUCCAGACAGUGAGUUUGUUAAUCUAUUCAAUAACUACUUACCUUAGCUUGAAAAAGUUGAGGGAAUGUCCCCUGAUGAGUUUCUGAAGAAGGCGUUGAACAUUGACUCAGAACUAAAGGAGAUCAAGGAAGAAGAAAACCAGAAUAGGAAAGACACCAUGAAGUUGCUAUACUCACCUGACAGAUUUAUUAUGAAUAAGAUGUAUCAUACUGAUGACCCAGAGAUUUUAUCUGACUUCUAAAAGCUAGUAGACUUUGUAAAGUAAUCAGUAAAUGGUGAAUUGAAGUGCUACUGGGAUACUGAGAAUGUUCCCAAGACUAAGUAUGCUUAGAAAAUAGUAGGUGAAGACUUUGAUAAGAGAGUUAUGCAAGGAAACAAGGAUGCAGUAGUGUUAGUGUAUCACCCAAUUAAGGAAAAGAACAGAGAAUUGGUUGAUAAGUUUGAAGAAUUUGUGAGAACUCAAGAUGCUGAUUAAGGAAUCAGCCCAGAUGGUUAGGUAGUUUAUGGAAAAUAUAACGGCAUAAAUGAGUCAAAUACCUUCAAAAGUCCAAAGUAGCUGCCAUCAAUUUUAUACUUUAAAAAAGUUAAGGAUCAAGAUGAAAAAGAAAUCAUUGCUCUAGAUAGCAUUUAAGAUUUGCUUGUGAAAUCCCCUGCCAUGAGGAUAUUUGCUUAAAGCACUAGAAAAGAAAAAAGGAUCCAAGAUUUCAUCAGAGUAAAUACCCCCUCAACAGUGGCAAAUUCAAGAGUAUCGACUGUCAAGCACAGAAACUUCAUCAGUGUUCACGAUGGAAGUUAAUUCUUCUAGCAAACAUCAAGACCCUAGUCUAGCAUUAAUGAAAACGAUUAAAUCACAUCCAUUGCUUCGAGAAACACUAAUAGAUUCAGGAAUAAUACCUAGACCUAAAAUACUCAUAGACGCUAGAAUAAAGAGCAGAUGCAUCGAUCUGUGGAGUAAUCUGAGAGAACACUGGCCAAUAUCGAUCAUAUGAAUUCUAUUCAUAAUGACUCAGUUGAGUCUAAUCUUAAUAUGCCUAGUAUCCAUUACAAAACCAUCAAUUUCAGCAGACAGCCCUAAAACAAGCUCAACAAAAGUUAUAAUGGUUAUCCUACUUUUGUAGAUCGAAUGCCCAAUAGGAAUCUUGCUAAUUUCCAAGAUAUUUAUGGGCCUAAAUACUCAGAGUCCUAAUAGAGGAUAAAGAGUUUCAUUCUUAAGCUAAAAGAAACUAAGAGAGAGGAAGUAAACAAGACAUUCGAUGAUAGAAUUACAGAAAAAUAUUCAGAUUCAUAAGGAGAGGUUCAGUAGAGAAGGCUGAUACUUAUAAAAAGGCAUCAACUGCCUGGCAAGUCUAGGGAAUUGAGCAGAUUCGAAGAGAUAAGCUAGCAAUUCAAUUAGUACUAUAUGGAAAGUAAAAAGAACAAAGCUGCAAUUAAGAUUCAAAGAUACUGGAGAGAAUAUCAUUAAUUCAUGGUAAUGAAGUACAAAAAUUUAACUCUCAAAGACAUAUACAAUGGAAUUCAAGAAAUAAACUUAGAGCUUAAGGAUUAGCUUGUGCAGAAAGUCAUGCAACCUAAUUUAGAGAGGUUUUACCGUUCAAUAUGCAAGAGAGCUGUUUUCAUCAGGACUGUUACAAGUGCUGGAAGAUUAAUGAGACUAUUUAAAACUCUGGAGCAUGCGUUCAACAGUAAUCAGCAGAGAUGGUUCUACUACAAGUAUGAAAAGACCUUCGAGAAGCAAAUCAGAGAGAAAAAAGCAGAUAAGAUAUUGCAAUAUCAAAAUGUUAUAAGAUCGUAAGAUAAGGAUGAAAAUGAGAGACAGUUUAGAAUGAACGACAUCAAAAAAUUGCUAUAAAUUAAACCAUUUAGUCAAAUUAAGAUCGACUUCCCUGAGAAUCAAUACAUUUUCAGAGGCAGGAGAAACUCGAUAGGAUAAACUAGAAUCGAGAAAUUUAUGAAGGUUAUGGGAGAGUUCAGAGACCUAGAAUACAAUCACAAUUAUUAGCCUUCUCCUCCUAAGAAGCCUAACGCAAGGAAAUUACUUACUAAGCAAAAAUAAGAUUUAUAGAAUGAGUUUAAUACACUGCUUAAACAAGAAAUUGAGGAUUUUAAGAAGCACAUUGACUACAAACCGCCCAAGCCAAAACAUACCAGUCCUCAUAAAGCUAGCUUUAAAUCAAGAAAACAGGGUAGCAGCUCAUCAUUGAUAAAAAAGAAGCAGACUUAAAGAAAAAACAGUGAGAUAAUUCCAUCAUCAUUCAAGCGGCUAUUCAAUAGGAAUAGAACUAGAAUAUACAGCAAUGUAAAUGAUGGAUCUCCCUCAUCCAAUAAGAACUCAAAUGUUCCUCAAAGCUUUUCAAUCAAGGAAGGUAAUAUCACUAGAUUUCAUACACUGAUUCCAAGACCAAUGGACUAUGACAGCUCUAAAGACCCAGAAACUAUUUCAAUUGGGGAGUUUAAGACAUUCAAAUUAGGUUCUAUUGGCAAUAUAGAAACGACCUAGUCAGCAGAGGAGACAUCAUCUAGUGAUGAUUCAUCUGUGAAGUUCUACUAGAGAGAGUGCUGCAAAAAAUGUCUCAGAGUCAAGGAAAAUCCAGACGGUGUACACAAUCAUGAUCCUUGGAGAACCCUGUCUGAGAAGAUUUAAAGGCUCAGAAGUAAGGAAAAGCGAACACACAGAAUAAUUUUACAUGGAAUCAAUACCAAGAAUGAGAUGAAAGGUCAAGUAAGAGAUGACUAAGGCUUGGACAAAGAAAAAAUAAAGGAAAUCAGACGAAGGCAGUUCUUCAAUUUCUUUGCUGAUUUUUAUGAUAAAUAUGAACGAGGAGCUUUUGGUAAAGAUCUAUCUUAUCACUUUAGUGAUGAAGAGAAAGAGAAAAAUCUUAAAAGAUACUUCAAAAAAUACUACAGAGAUGACUUGUUUCUGCCCUCUGUAGUUGUUGAUAUACCGAUUGAGUGCAACAUGGCUGCCUAGAAAAGACUUUGCGAGUGCUAUAUAAAGAAAAACUAAUCAUAUUCUAAGAACAGAGUUCAGAGAAAGAUCAAGGUAAAGAUGCUGGUUGGCAGAGAGCAGUACGAAAAGAGGGAGGAGUAUCUCGGUAUGAGUCCAGGAAUAUAAAAUACCUUCGUCAUGGAGGAAAACAUGCAGGAAUUAAACGAACUCUUAAGGGAAAAGACUAAGUAAAUACAUAGGAGAAAUAGGACAUAACUUGUCUAGCCAAUGAAAAAGGAGGAGAUAUACAAUGGUUCCCUCGCAAAGAAAAUCCUAGAGAAUACUUUUGAAAGCAGAAUCGAGAGAUUAGCUGAGAUUAAGAACAGAAGAGAGUCUGUGAUUAGAAAGGGGGAGAUAGUAACUGAGAGUUUUGAGAAGGCGUUCCCUGAUUACAAUAAGAUAUUGACUUAAUAUGGAUCAAGUAGAAUUUUCAAUCAAAACAUGAAGCAAAAUGAGAGCUUCACCAAGAAGAACAAGUCAUCUCAUGAAAGUUCUGCUAUGAAUGGCAGGAAUAAUAAUCAUAAUUUGGAUUAGAGAUACAGUGGCAAGAUGAACAGAAAUAUCUGGCUGAGUAGGAUUGGCAGCACCUAGAAGUUUAAGUUCCUUGAUAGCAAGGAACAAAGCAUCAACUCAUCCAAAAGAGAAUGA